AUGAGAUGGAUCUUAUGUAACAAAAAUUCUUCCUUUCCUUUUUUAUUUUUCCUGGUUAUAUAUUAUCGGCACGUGGCCAUUGUUCGAAAUCCUUCCGCUCAACAGCAAUUUACAACUUUAUGUUCUAAUGAAAGAGAUAAUGCUGUUGUCGGCAUGCUUCGAUAUUUAUCCACCUCGAGGUUAUUCAUCCUUAGAUCAUUAGUCUCUGUCAUUUCGAACAAGUACAAGCAACUUCCUUUGUUACUUAUUCAAUACUAUUUCAUGAAUAUUGAAUGUCGAUAA